UUAAACUCACGUGUGUGUGAUGUGUUUCAAAUUUUUGAUUUUGAUUUAAGACAAAAAAAAAUUUAAAUAAAAAAUCAGAUAAUGCAGAUUGUCAAAAAUGAAGGCUUCAAUGUUUUACAGAUUAAGUAUGACAAGAAUUCAUCGGUUAUACGACAUUUAUAUAUGAAACGUUUUGUUUUAAAUGCCGUAUCGCAGCAACAACAACAGAAAAAUUCUGAUCAAGAACAACACGAUGAAUGUAAACCUGAAAAUCGUACAUUGUUCAUGUUGAAUAUACCACCAUUCAUAAAUGAACAUCAUAUUCGAUAUUUAUUCCGUAAUUGUGGACAAAUCGUAAAGGUUUAUUUCGAAGAGAAGCCAUCAUAUUCAACAGCUACAUUAAUGUAUGAAAAAAUAAAAAAAUUAGAUUCCACCACAAUGAAUCGAAAACAAUCGAAUGAAUCAGCAGCAGCACCAUCAAUUGCAGAAUUUUUCACGAAAGAAAAUGAAAUUAUUGCCUAUAAAAUUUGUUAUGUUGUUUUUGGUAAAUCAAGUGGUCUUUCGAAUGCUUUAGAGAUGGCCCAAACUGAUGAUCAAAUUUAUACUUUUGUACCGGAUGAAAUUGAUGAUUCAAGUGAUAGCCAUUGGCUCACUGGUAUGAAAUUAUGGCAAUCACAAUAUAAUCAUUCAAUAGCUCAACAAUAUCAUCUGGUAAAAAUUGCUGAAAAAUUUGUAGCUGAAUGCGAUAUGCAUUCGGAUGAACAAGACGAACAGAAACAGAUGGAAGCUGAACAAUUGAAUGAACAACAACGACAAUCAGAUGGAUGGAUUACGGUGAAUCGUCGUUUACGACGUGAUCGUCGUGCAUUAAUCGCUAAUCAACAACAUGAUCAAAAAAUUGAAGAAAAAUAUAAAGAUCGUGAAAUGAAACGAAAAUCAAUGGAGCAAAAAUUUGAUGAACAAAUUGCACCAAUCAUUGAAGCAGCGAUGAAAAAGAAAAAGAAAAAUCCUCGUGCUACAUACAACAGUUUUUAAUAAUUGAAAUUUUUUGUAAAAUAAUAAAAUUUUUUAUUAUA